CGAUGGACGAUUUCUCCGCAGACGAUGAUGCGCUACGCGAAUACAUGCCCAUGUCAUUUGGCAAACAAGCUCGGACUACUAACAUUCAGGCACAAUUUGACCUAGCUAAGCGCAAAGUUGUCGAUGAGAGCAAGCAACCAACGACAAAAAGCUCUAAACCUGACGAAGGCAAUGAUUCUGGUGCCUCAGAAGAUGACGAUGACGAUGAUGACGAUAGCGACGAGGAAGAUGAGUUCCCAGUGUCUCACGAAUUGCUCCUUAAGACACACGACCGCGCUGUCACCACCGCGACUUUGGAUGCCUCCGGCUCGCGCAUGGUAACAGGAUCGAAUGACUGCACGCUGAAGUUCCAUGACUUCGCAGCUAUGACACCGACAACCGUUCGAGCCUUCAAGACAGUAGACCCCAGUGCUACGAAGAGCUCUGCCAACUCCGAAACGCAUCCUAUCAACCAGAUCCUCUUCAACCCUCACUCCGCGAAUCAAAUCCUCGUUAUAACGGCGCAGCCGCAAGCAAGGUUAUUCACACGCGAUGGAGAGCAGGUCCUUGAGUUUGUCAAAGGGGAUCCAUACUUGCGAGAUAUGCACAAUACGAAAGGGCACAUAUCGGAGAUAAAAUGUGGAGCAUGGCAUCCUACCAACCGAGACGUAUGUGUAACCGGAGGCACUGACAGUACCAUCCGAAUUUGGGAUGUCAACAACAAGAGAGAACAGAAAGACGUCAUCGUACACAGAUCUAGGGCCGCUGGUUCGGCGGGGAGGACAAGAAUCACCGCUCUAGCGUGGGGGUCACAAGCUCAAGGAGGAAACAGUCUUCUCGUAGCGGCAGCAUUGGAUGGAAGCCUGGUCAUGUAUAGUGGCGAAGGCCCAUAUCAUCGCCCAGCAGCUGAAAUCAGGGAUGCUCAUGUCAACGAUACCUGGACGGGUGGACUUGAUAUCAGCGCUGAUGGAAGAUUGGUUGUCACAAGAGGUGGUGACGAUACUAUCAAACUCUGGGAUACCCGAAAGUUCAAGUCACCUAUAACCACUGUGUCACAUGAGUCAACCUCAUCACAGUAUCCAACCUCGAACAUCCGGUUCUCACCAAAUUCCUCUUCCGUAAUAACCGGCUCUGCUACUGGCGAUCUCCAUAUUCUCAAUCCCGCAACUCUCCGCCCUGAGCUUGUUACACCUGUGACUCCGGGCUCGCCUCUAAUAACUGUCCUCUGGCAUCCUAAAAUCAAUCAAAUCAUCACCGGCUCCGGCAAUGCUGAAACGCAUGUUCUAUUCAACCCCAACAUCUCCAAUGGCGGUGCCAAAACCGUCAUGAGUAAAGCUCCUAAGCGCCGUCACAUUGACGACGACCCGAACCUCACAAUGGACCUCGCCGAAGGUCUUUCGGGGGACUCGAUCAUUACUCCUGGGGGGAUGCCUGGCACCAACACUGCUGCGACCUCUUUCUCGGCGCGGCAUCCAAACGUUGGCCUCACUGCCUCUGGUAAAUCGCGUGAUCCGCGUCGCCCGCAUAUUCCAGCUACAACUCCAUUCGCAAAGACAAAUCCCGAUGAGAAGCAUAUUCGAGACCAUAUCCCGUUGAGUAGUAUGCGAGAUGAGGACCCUAGGGAGGCGUUGCUGAAAUAUGCGGACAAGGCGAAGAAUGAUCCACUUUUCACCAAUGCGUGGAAGCACACGCAGCCAGUGACACUUUAUGGGGAGUUAAGUGAUGAGGAGGAGGAACCAGAAGCGAAGAAAGCGAAGAGGUGAGCUGGCAAUGGGCAAAAAAUGAUCACUUGGCCUGGCGUUCAAAAGUAUAUACCCAUCAAAUUGCUUUAAUACCUUUAGCAGGCUUAAAAAUGGUCACGUGUGAGUGCACUAGGCUCGAAGUUACUAUCUACAGUGCUAGACCAUAAGUUUGGGCACUUCGUACAUCUAGCCCGGGUAUUCCGAUAUCCUUUU